GAAAUGGGAGAUGACAGGCCAGGCCUGGGGGCUGGGGUGCUCUAGCGGUCCAGGAGUCAGCAGGUAGGAGGCCGGCGCAAUGUGAGGGGCAGGCGUGCGGGGGUCUCCUUGAAGACGGUCGCAGAUGGCUGAAGGCAGCCGCACUGACUGCCAGGCUGGCAGUGCACGUGCCCUCCCACCCGAGCCCAGGGAUGGCCAGGAUGCCCCCAGCAUCGGAAAUCUGGGUACCAACCUCAGUGCCUCAGAUGGACACGCAGGUCGUAAUCUCAAGGAGUGGCUGAGGGAACAAUUUUGCGACCACCCCAUCGAGCACUGCGAGGACACCCGGCUGCAUGAUGCAGCCUAUGUGGGGGAUUUACCCACGCUCAAGAGUCUGCUGCAAGAGGAAAGCUUCCAAAGUCGGAUCAACGAGAAGUCAGUGUGGUGCUGUGGCUGGCUGCCCUGCACACCACUGCGCAUCGCCGCCACUGCUGGCCAUGGCCCUUGCGUCGACUUCCUCCUCCGGAAGGGGGCUGAGAUUGACCUGGUAGACGUGAAGGGGCAGACUGCCCUCUAUGUGGCUGUGGUCAACGGACACCUUGAGUGUGCCAAAAUCCUCCUGGAAGCUGGGGCUGACCCCAAUGGCAGCCGGCACCACCGCAGCACUCCUGUCUACCAUGCAGCACGUGUAGGUCGGGCGGACAUCCUCCAGGAGCUGAUCAGGUAUGGUGCAGAUGUGGAUGUGAAUCACCACUUGGCUUCCCGGCUCCCCAGCCUCUCCUUGCGGCCCCUCACCACGCUGGUGGUCUGCCCACUGUACAUCAGUGCUGCCUACCACAACCUCCAGUGCUUCAAGUUGCUGCUCCAGGCGGGAGCCAACCCAGAUUUUAACUGCUGUGGGCCCGUCAACAUCCAAGGCUUUUCCCGAGGCUCCCCAGUGUGUGUGAUGGAUGCUGUCUUGCGGCAUGGUUGUGAAGCAGCAUUUGUCCAUCUUUUGAUUGACUUUGGAGCCAAUUUGAACCUGGUGAAGGUGGAGGCCUUGGGAGGUGAAUCCACAGGAAGGGUCAAAGUCAACCCUGAGGCUCUGCAGGUGUUCAAAGAAGCAAGAGGCCGCACCCGGAGCCUGUUGUCUCUCUGCCGCAUAGCUGUACGAAGAAUACUUGGCAAAUGUCGUCUGGAUCUGAUCCAUAGCCUUCCAAUCCCAGACCCCAUUAAACAAUUUCUACUUCAUGAACACAGUUAAAGGGCAAUCAACUGCUUUCCAGGACAGUUUCGUUUGGUAAAUGACUGAGCUGACAAAACCAAGUGCCAAUCCUGACCCCAAGGUCAAAUGUUGUAUUUGCUUAUGGAGUGCACAUAAUUCCCUGCCCCUGUGGUUUCCCCCUUCAAAUUUAGGGUGCAGUGAUUCUGUGUGUCUAUACUUAAACUACCAGCUAUCUAACUGGUGACCUGUUUGCAAUUAGUUGGGCAAUGAGGCCAAUACCUGUGCGUGGCUGUUAAAUGAGCAAAUACAAAAUAUCCUAUGGCUACUAACAUAUAUAUGUUUGUUAUGACUCUACCUCUGUUACUGCUCCAUGUUAAACAUAUUUUGGGCCUCAGUGGCACUUCUGUGUGGGAAAUGCACCCAUACUUAAGCUGUGGGCUUUCAUUUUCCUAUAGUUGCCAAGGAGUCUCUCCUCCCCUUGGUAAGAGGUUUACAACAGCACUGUUCUCUUUCUGGCAUCAGUACCUGGCCUUUCCCUUCCCCAUGGAGUCUGUGAUUGGUGCUGUGAAAGUGGGUGUACUUUCUCCUGUCCUCUUCUGGUGUGAAAUGCAUCAAGUUUCCUGCCCAGUA